GGUGUCUCAACUUAGCUCAAAAGUCAUCGUUAACUCACUGAAGGCUCCUCGGCGGGUAAAUAUUCACUAUCCUACGACAUGUCGGAAAACAUGAUCCCCCUUGAUGGCGAAAGUCAGAAGAAGAGAGUAUGUUACUUCUUCGACUCGGACAUCGGGGGUUUCCACUAUGGUCCCGGGCAUCCGAUGAAACCAACUCGUAUACGAAUGUGCCAUUCCUUGGUCAUGAACUAUGGCUUAUACAAGAAAAUGGAGAUAUUCCGGGCUAAGCCUGCGACAAAACGCGAAAUGACACAGUUUCACUCUGACGAGUAUGUGGACUUCCUCAGCCGCAUCACCCCCAGCAAUAUGAAUACGUACAUAAAAGAACAGCAUAAAUACAAUGUUGGUGAUGAUUGUCCCGUGUUCGAUGGCCUGUUCGACUAUUGUUCUAUCUCAGCAGGGGGCUCCAUGGAGGGUGCUGCCCGUCUCAGUCGAGACAAGUGUGAUAUAGCUGUAAACUGGGCCGGCGGCCUUCAUCACGCCAAGAAAAGUGAAGCAAGCGGCUUUUGUUACGUUAAUGACAUCGUGCUGGGCAUUCUCGAGUUGCUUCGAUAUCAUACCAGAGUCCUAUACAUCGACAUCGAUGUUCAUCACGGCGACGGGGUGGAGGAAGCGUUCUAUACUACAGAUCGCGUCAUGACAGUUAGUUUCCACAAAUAUGGCGAGUACUUUCCAGGAACUGGAGAAUUGCGGGACAUAGGAAUAGGCAAAGGAAAAUAUUACUCGUUGAACUUUCCAUUGCGUGAUGGAAUCUCGGACGAAAACUAUAAAUCGGUGUUUGAACCUGUGAUCCGUCAAGUUAUGGAGUCGUAUGACCCAUCGGCCAUCGUCCUUCAAUGUGGAACAGACUCCUUAUCGGGUGAUAAGCUGGGCUGCCUGAACUUAUCUAUGCGAGGGCAUGCUAACUGUGUUAAAUUCGUGAAGUCCUUCAACAAGCCUCUGCUACUGCUUGGAGGCGGGGGGUAUACGAUGCGCAAUGUCAGUCGGGCAUGGGCAUAUGAGACAGGUCUCGCAGCUGGCGUUGAACUGGCACCAGAAAUACCCGUGAAUGAAUACUACGAGUACUUUGGACCGGACUACGAAUUAGACGUGAGGUCGUCGAAUACAGAAGAUAUGAACACACCGGAGUACUUGGAACGUGUGAAGAACAUCGUACUCGACAACCUGCGACAUUUGGGAGGACCUCCCAGUAUUCAGAUGUCAGAUAUCCCAAAAAUGCCGAUAGACGAAGACAUGGAUGACCCUCUUCAGGACGAAGACUUGAUUCCUUCUGAUGCCAGGAGACAUCGGCGACUAUUGGACUCUCGUAUUCAAGCGGAUGGAGAACUGUCUGACUCUGAUGAUGAGGGAGAAGGAGAUCGUAGAGACCAUGCUCAGCAUCGGGAUCGUGACAGCGAAACCAGAAGUCGCUCAAGCGAGGCCGAAAUCGCUGGGGGAAGGAGGUUUGGUAUCAAUGUGGGCAUUUUGAGUUCGGGUGCCGCAGGCUCGACCCAUGGCGCUGGUCCCAGCGGACACACCACGAUGGUUCGCCCCGUGUUGAGCGGGCAUUUGCCGAUGGAAGUCGAUACUCCGACAACUACGGAAAGCGGACCUACCCCUAUCGAACCAGCCGCUGUUAAUGGCACGACUGAUCAUCUCUCAGGUGAUAAGUCGCCAAAAACGAAUGGUACGGUGGUUGUUGACGACGCUCAGGGAACAAGUGUAGAAAAUUGAUGACUUAUUUCGUCUCACCAUUUAUAUUGCUUGCUGUCGUUGCUGUCCUUACGCUACCAAAAUAUUAAUCGAACACCCGGAAAGAGAUCGCGUGUGGCCAGAUACUC